GAUGAACUCUGCGAUCCCUCAAUAAAUGAGAAAGAAAAAGUCGGAAAAUUGGCCGCCUUCAGAUCGUCAGAAAACAAUCUCGGUAUAUCAAGAUGAUCUCGGUAUAUCAAGAUGAAUCUCCAGUGCGCGGGCUCUAUGGCCCGUGUUUCCCCGGCGGCUCCGAAGUCACCAAAGGUGAACUGUUCGGAUGUUGCGUUCUUGCCACCGGUGUUGCGAUGGGGUGUACCCCUUGUGGCCCUUUCGUUUGUGGUCCGUCCAAAGUCCAUGCCACCGGGACCAUGGCAGUCACAGCCGGCGCGGCUCUGGCAAAGUUGGCGUGCUCAGGGUCAGGACCCUCUUCGCGGGACCGUGAACGCCGGGAGGCUGCGCGGGGGGCCUUGCUGGAGAUCGAUCCCCCAGCGUGACCUGACUGGUGAGCGGCCUGUCCCUGUCGAUGUACUCCCGUAGGAAGGCCCGGCGCUGUUCCAAGUUACUACAUUCUACUUGUAGCGAACAAGCUGCAAUCGUCAUUACAGAGCCUGCGCAUCUACCUUCGCCCUAAAAGUGGAUGACGAUAAACAUACUUGCGACACGCAAACAUAACAUUGAGCUGUCGCAGUCCACAAGGGUUGUUGUACUAACAUGCAAGUGAGCCAACUAUCUAUGCAAAUUAUUUUUUUUCUCAUCACCCAAAUGACGAUAAACAUACUUGCGACACGCAAACAUAAUGUUGAGCCGUCGCAACAUUAUUAAAAUAAAUUUUGUGUAAUGUUUAUUCGACAUCCUGGCGGUCGUGUUUAAGUGCCUUGUUUUCCUGCUUGCUAGAAGUAGAAAGUAACCAACCAAGAAAAGAUCGAGCGGAAAAUUGCAAUUGACACGAAGACACCCCGAGCAAAUCGUACUACAAUUUGCUCUGGUCGUCUGUGCAAUCCAAUUUGUUGCCUAAGGCAACGAAUUGGAUUGGCACCUCUUUGGCCGAGCAACAACUACUAAUCAACUACUCCAAUGUUCCAGCCCAAAGGCAGAGCUGAUUUUUUUAUAACAACGUAUCUGGUGGGCACGCAACAGCAUCUGCUAGAGGGCGAGAUGCGUGAUGUGUGGCGCAGUCAGCUCGCAGCUGAAGCGCCAUCACAUGUAAAAGACCGUGGCAUACUUAAUCGAUCGAAAUGACGCUUGCAGCGUGAACCGCAUUGAUGCAGCCAUCAGGGACAAGGAAUAGAGAUUGCCGGACCGCACACAGACGCCCGCCCCCCCAGGGGAAGUGUAGGCUCCUCCUGGCUCCGAUGUUCACCUUUUGAGAUGAUCCCAAGGUCAGAUGCUGCAUCAGCAUCUGAAGAAAAAAGAUGAACUCUGCAGAUAGUAGAGAGACCUAUAGUACUGACAGCGACUUGGCUCAAAGCUGUUGUAAAAGCUGGGCGAAAGCUAUAGGGACCAAUUUUUUUCGUGAAUCUGCGUGCUAUUGCAACCAGGACUUGGCUCAAAGUUGGGCAAAAGUUGGCUCAAAGCGCUAGACCUAAGCAUUUUUUUGCUUCUAUUUUCUUCUGAAGCGCAGCACUAUUGCAAUAAACUUGUGUGAUAUGACCUCUAGACGUUUGCAGACAG